CCUUGGCGGAGCGGUGACAAAAUCCCAAAGCCGCUGAAAACCCUAAUGCCCACACCAUCACAGCAUUUCCUCUUGGAGUCAUCAAUCAUCAUGUAUACGAAACGGGUCGGACUUUGCUUGGCUUCCCAAAUCUGAAACUAUCGAGUUUCAGUGCCAUGAUUCUCCAUAUCUGCUCAAAGUGCUUCUCUUAGUUUUAUCUUAUAUGCCUCACCUCACUCUUAUCUGUCUCACUUACCAUCCCCAUGAAGAAUAGGGACUCAAAGCAAAAACCCAGUUGGAAUUCUGGUCAUAACCAUAAGAGAAUUGUGAUUGAGAAUAUCUGUGAACCUAGAGCUGAGCCUAGUGAUGGCGCGGCGUUGCAGAUGACCCUCUUAUUCUUCACAACCCGUACCCAUUGGGUUCGAGCCUCCAAGGUCGCCACUGCCCAUUUCCAUAGUCUCGCCCACGGAGGAUCUUGGUCCAGGCCUUUCAAUGACAAAGAGGUAAUCUUAAACCGAAACUCUGAGGCUUGGUUUGUUAAGGUAGUUUGUACUCUAUUUGUUCGUUCGCAUUUGUCAGAUACUUGUUUGGGUUAUUUGAGGAAGAACUUGACCCCGUUGAUUGCGUUUGAGGUUGUUAGACGGUUAAACAAUCCAAAAUUGGGCUUGAAGUUCUUUGAGUUCAGUAGGGAGAGUUUGAGUGUCAGUCAUUCUUUCAACACCUACAAUUUGCUUAUGAGGUCCCUAUGUCAAAUGGGUCUUUACGAUUCCGCGAAAAUGGUAUUUGAUUGCAUGAGGAGUGAUGGGCAUUUGCCUGAUAGUUCGGUUGUUGGAUUUUUGGUAUCGUCGUAUGCACAAGUGGGAAAGUUUGAUCUUGCCAAAAAACUGCUUGCUGAGGUUCAGUUUGAUGAGAUUGGAUUGAGUUCUUUUGUGUAUAAUAAGUUAUUGGACGAGUUGGUCAAGAGGAAUCUAGUUGAUGAGGCCGUUUGCUUAUUUAGAGAGCAUAUGGGAUCAUAUUCUCAUCUGGAUACUUGCACUUUCAAUAUUCUUAUUAGAGGUUUGUGCAGAAUAGGAGGAGUUGAUAGGGCUUUUGUGUUUUUUAAUGACAUGGGGAGUUUUGGUUGUUCUCCUGAUGUUGUUACCUACAACACUCUUAUAAAUGGAUUAUGUAGGGUCAAUGAGGUAAAUAGAGGGCAUGAAUUAUUGAAGGAGGUUAAAUCAAGAACUGAGCUUAAACCGAAUGUUGUAACUUAUACAUCGGUAAUAUCAGGGUUUUGCAAGUUGGGUAAGAUGGAUGAGGCCUCUGUUCUUUUUGAUGAGAUGGUUAAUUCAGGAAUAAAACCAACUGCAAUCACUUUUAAUAUUCUCAUUGAUGGCUUCGGUAAGGCGGGCGAUGUGGUUUCCGCAUCAGCCAUGUAUGAGAGGAUGCUAUUUCUUGGUUAUUUUCCGGAUGUUGUUACCUUCACCUCCCUAAUUGAUGGGUAUUGUCGAGCCGGACAGUUAAAUCAGGGUUUGAAGCUUUGGCAUGAGAUGAAUGCAAGAAAUGUGACUCCAAAUGUGUAUACUUAUUCUGUUCUUAUAAAUGCUUUAUGCAAGGAAAAUAGACUGCAUGAGGCUGGCGACCUUUUGAGGCAUAUGAAGUGGCGUGAUAUUGUUCCAAAACCAUUUAUGUAUAACCCUGUAAUUGAUGGGUUUUGCAAGGCUGGCAAUGUAGACGAGGCAAAUAAGAUAGUGGCAGAGAUGGAGGAGAAGAAAUGUAACCCAGAUAAAGUCACAUUUACAAUCCUCAUCAUUGGGCAUUGUAUGAAAGGGAGAAUGUUUGAAGCAAUCAGCAUCUUUGAUAAGAUGUUAUCAAUCGGUUGUGCUCCAGAUACCAUUACUGUGAAUUCUUUAAUAUCUUGCCUUUUGAAGGCUGGUAUGCCUAAUGAAGCCUUUCGCAUUAAGCAAACUGCAUCUAAGGACCUGGACUUGCGUAUGUCAUCUUUUAAAGAAGCUAUUCAUUUAAGAACAGAUAUGGCUAUUCCAAUGGCUGUUUAAUUGAAGGGCUACCACGGAAGUGAACUUGAAGCAUAGUCCCCAUGGCUGGACAAGGUCUUUCAGCCAUUGUUUAAUUGAGUCCAGAUGAAACAUUUCCAGCUUGUGGCACGGAAGUUUGACAAGCAGUAAGUACUUUGUCAAUGUUUAUUUCUAUCCCCUGAUUUUUAAUGAGUUACCUCAAGAUUGGCACUGAACAUCUGCUCCAGAUCUGUAAAAUAUUAAAAUUUUGAGCCGGACAUUUACUAUUGAGUGCCAUUGGUAAAUCUAUGCCAGAAGUCACAUUGACAUCAACAAGGUGUUCUCUGUCAAAUCAGAUUCCCACAAGCAUAUGGAGCUAAAGUCAUGGACCAGUCAAGCAAUACGCAUUCCUUGAAUUAAAUCACUCUUCAGUUCAGUCUUGUUUAGUAGUGAUAUCUCUUGUUGUCCAUCCUUCCUGCACAUAUUUUUAGCUUUUUGUGUUUUCUAGAAAUAACUGAGGAUGAUUUAUUACCAACGAAUAGGUUGAAGACAUGCAGAUAGCUGAUUGCACUAGGAAACAGGCAAGAUUUUUGCCAGAGUACUUUAUUUUGAUCUUCCUCAUGAUAGCUGAUUGCACCACAGCUUCUGAGACACAUGCAUUGGAUUGAAUUGAAUUUUUUAAUCCCUGCAGUUUUGGUUACUA